UCCACCAAUGGACGGCAAGAGUGUGGCGCUUCGAAAUGUCCUUCAAAAUUAAUGGUCCAGGACAGGAAAAGGCAUACCAUUAAGGUGUUGCCUGCAGAACGGGAGAGUCUGUGUGAAUCUCGCGAUCUUAAGUGUGCUGGGACUGGUGUAAUAUCAGAGCAAAAGAGAGAUACUUUUGUGUGGUUCUAUACCGGCAUCUCAGGAAACAAGUGAUCUAAACUGGUAGCCACCAUGGGAGCCGCAUCUGCAGUGUUUUUGGUAUUUCUUGGUUGUUGCUCAAAUGUUAUCUUUCUUGAGCUGCUUGUGAAGAAUGAGCCUGGCAGUGGAAACAUCAUCACUUGUGCGCAGUUUGUUUUCAUUGCGAUUGAGGGCUAUAUAUUUACUUCCGAUUUUGGUAGAAAGAAAAAUGUGAUACCAAUUAAAGACUACAUGGUUUUGGUGAUCAUGUUCUUCAUUGUCAAUGUAACAAACAACCUGGCAUUUGGUUUUAAGAUCUCGAUGCCUUUACAUAUGAUAUUUCGUAGUGGUGGUUUGAUUGCCAAUAUGAUCAUGGCAAUAAUUGUGCUAGGAAGACGCUAUACUCUUUCAAAGUAUGUAUCUGUAGCUAUGAUUACCAUGGGCACUGCAAUCUGCACUUUUGCAUCAGCAGAAAAUUUGAAAGAUAAGGAUGAAGAAGAGAUGGCAGAAGGCAUCUCAAGCUUCAUGACAUGGCUGUUGGGCAUCGGCCUCCUCACCUUUGCUCUUUUUCUAUCUGCUCGGAUGGGGAUCUUCCAGGAGUGUCUUUACUCCCAGUAUGGGAAGCAUCCAAGAGAAGCUCUUUAUUACAUUCAUAUGUUAUCCCUGCCUGGGUUCCUGCUAACAAGUGGCAGCAUCAUCGAACAUGCUAUCAAGUAUAGUUCCUCUGAGCCUUUGUUUGCCCUGCAAGAUAUCCCUGUGUUGGAAAGCAUCCCAAAGUUAUGGAUUUUCUUAGUGGGAAACAUGCUCACACAAUAUGUGUGUAUUAGCUCAGUUUUUACACUGACGUCAGAAUGCACUUCCUUGACAGUGACACUGGUCCUGACUCUGCGUAAAUUCUUGUCUCUCAUUUUCUCAAUUAUUUAUUUCAUGAACCCAUUUACUCUGUAUCACUGGAUUGGGGCAUUGUUAGUAUUUAGUGGAACACUGCUCUUUACAGAUUUCAUUGGAAAGGUUAAGGAAGCAUUUGGUCAACCCAAAGCAAAGGAAGAAUAAUAUCUUAUUUAGAUUUAUUUAUUUAUUUAUUUAUUAUUAUUUUUUUUUUUUUUUUAUUUGUUUAUUUUUUUUAGUUCAUGCAUUUCUGUAAGUUCAUUUUCUUUAUGUGCGUUACUGACCAGCGAAGGAAAAUCACUUUUUCCUCUUUUCAUUAUCAUAUUCAUCCAUAAUAAUCAUUAUUUAUUUGGUUCUUUGUAAUCACCAUUGUUAUUUUUUCCUUUCUGACACUGAUUUGCUUUGUAUAGUAACAUUAAUCAUGUAACAGGUUUGCUUUCACAGCAGAUAGUGAUGUCAAAGGAGUAGAUAAUGUGGUAGUUCACAUUGAAGGAUUUAUUAGAUGUAGAAGUGAAGUGCCUACUGUUAUUCAUAUUGUAUUAUUUACUAUCUUUAUGUAAGAUAUGGGUUUGAAAAGGAUAAAAGACAUAGGAUAGUAUGAGUUGUGUAAUAAACUGGUUCAGGACAUUUUGGUGGUUGUAUUAUAAGAAAGUUGUUGACUUGAUAGUUGUCUAAUUUGUUGCAUCUUGUUUUGCAAUUUGUAGAGCAGUCACAGUACAGAUUUUGAGGUUGAUUGUUAUUUUUGUUAAGAGACUAUGUAUGCUUUUUUAUUUGAAGUAAUAUUGUUAGCAUAUUUAUGUAAUAUUUCUUCCCCUUUGAAGGCAAUGCUGUUAUUCACAAAAGCAUAUUACUGGUAUAUAUUUUCAUUAAAUGAAGUUACAUUUAUUUAGCAUUAGCUGUUAGAAAAAAGCCCUCAGAUCUUUUAAAAGUUCUUUGAGUGCCAUUCAGAAUGUGAUGUUUGGAUCUUUCUAGGUGAAUAGCAAGAAUAAUACAUUCAGUUCAAUCUUCAAUUCCCUAGGAUGAGUAUUUAAUAGUAGACUAUUACUAACUACUGUAUAGUUUUUAUAUAUUAUGUAGAUGAAGAUCUAGGAUUCUGAUCUCGUUUAGAUUCAUAUAGACGAAAGGCUUAAAUGCUGUGUAAUCACUGAUUUUCUGAUCAUAUUUCUUUGGUAUUUUGUGAUUGAUAACUGUGAAUUGUAAAGUUCAUAUAAUACCAUCCAGAUGCAUUUAAAGAGAGAGGACUAAAUAAAGAUUGCUGCUUUAAUUAACAAAUGAAAUCUUACAAAGACCAUUGUUGAGCAGAUGCUAAAUAAACAUGAACUUCACUUGUAUCUCUUUCACUAGGAAUUUAUUCAGUAUCCAUGAAAACUGGGCCUAUAUUCUUAAGUUGCAGUAGCUCCUGAUUCUGUUCAUAUUGUGGUUUAUGUUCAUCACUUUUAGUUUCUUAUAAAAGGUAAUUAACCUGUUGCAUUUACUAAUUGGACUUCCUGACUUGUUAAAUCUGAAUCUCUCACUGUUAAGGUUGUGUGUAGUGUUGAAUUAACUUGUUAUUACUACUACUUUGUCUUCCUCUUUUUACUUCUCUAAUCAUUCUUCCUUAACCCAAUCACCCCAUUUGGUAAGAAUACCUAUCAUACUUACAGUAAUAUAAGUUAAUUUAUUAUCUACAUGUAGAUGCCUCUACAAUUACUUAGUCACCAAGGAGUCAGUUAUUAGUCCUACCUAUUUCACCUGUUUACCUUUUCCUUGAAUUUUAGAAAGUUUCCUUUGUAUUAUUUUCUUGUCUUUAAUCUUCUUAAUAUUUUAUUGAUAAUUUAAUAAUCAUGAAAUCACUCAGAAGAAUAACAGUUUCAACAUUAAUAGUAGUAGAAGGAGAUACACAUUUUCCUUCUAUUUAAAGGAAUGGGGAAAUCAGGCGUAGUCACUAGGGCUCCUUGGUGGCUGAGCACUUGUGGAACCAUCUGUGUGUAAAAUAAUUAAUGAAAAAAAGACAACAGGGGACAGUACAUAGAUCCAUGGUCAUUGGGUUAAUGGUGGUUGUUUUAUUUUAUUUGUAGUGCGUAUGUCACUAAUAUAAUUUAAGUGUUUUGUGGGAUAGGAAGAAGCGAUAAUGGAGCUUCCAAGUGCGCUGUAGUUUCAUACCAGUUGAUAUUGAUACAUGAAACAAUGGUAGCCUUUAGUGAUGUUAGACAGACUAUACUAUGUAGACAUCAAUCAUUCAUCCAUUCUUUUGAUGAUUAUUUUUCUCUCUCUCUUUUUUUUUUUUUUUUUUUUUUUUUAUUGAUAUUUUACAGGUGUUUUGAUGGUUACCAGUUUCUCUCAUGCCAUUAUUUGAGUUGCAGUUCACUUGCAUGUACAGAAACCAACACUUUCUUGGUGGCUUGAGUAUACACGUAUGUACCAUCUUCCAAUGGUGUUGACAUUGGAAGCUUCUGAUGUUUUUACA